AUGCUAGAUUGGCUAGAAGAGUGGAAUGAUCCAGCAAAAUUUUCAAAAAGACAAACUAGUCAGACUUACGCUGCACUACAUCAUACAGUAUAUGGCUUAUUGGAAUUAGUAAGGUACUGUAAAUCUGAACUGCACAGUAAUUAUAUAUUGUUAGAGUUGCCCGAGUAUCCUCCAACGAUAAGCGUGAGCAGGGAACCACUCGACUACGGGGACACCCUUAGAGCAAACUGUUCCUGCUCCCCUUCUCGCCCCAGGGCCACCUUGACGUUUUAUCUCAAUGAUAUUAUGUCGAAUUAA